AUGGAGGACUUUUGGAAGAGAGCCAAAACCUUCGCGGAAGAAGCGGCGAAAAAAUCACAAAGCAUAACGACCUCAACGAAAAUCGCCGAUCUGGUCGCCGAGACUGCCAAGAAGUCUAAAGAACUGGCAUUGGAAGCGUCUAAGAAAGCCGAUGAGAUCAAAACUGCGGCGCUCAAACAAGCCGAUCAGAUCCCUAUCAAGUCCAUCACCGACAUCAUUCCUCCUCAGCUCUCUUCGUUGUCGUCCAUUGCCACCUCAUCAUCCUCUUCUUCGGAUCUCACCAUCUCCGACUCUGAGCUACGGAAAUUCGGUGUCACUGAUGAUUUGAAAGAGUUCGUUAGAGGACUUACUUCUAGUACAUUCCAGAACUUUCCUAUUCAAGAUGAAGCUGAGACGUCUGAUGUGCCUACCACGACUUCGAAUGUGAGGAAGGAUCUGACGGAGUGGCAGGAGAGACAUGCUACGCUUGUUCUCGCCACUGUCAAGGCAAUCUCCAAGUUGAGAUAUGAAUUAUGCCCCCGUGUUAUGAAAGAAAGGAAAUUCUGGAAGAUAUAUUUUACGCUUGUUAGCACUCAUGUAGCUCCGUAA